GAGAAGUGCUGUGACGUCAAGUUAUAUUUUUUAUUUUAGAAAAGGGUGGUGGUAGAUUGUGCGCAGACGUGAAAAAAAUCGUUCGAUGUCAAAGUGAUUCAGGUGUAGUUAGUUUUUUCACUGCUGUAGGCUUGAAAAUAGCACAAUUUUAUUGUUUUUCGACCAUAUAUAACAACGUCGUGUAGUGUUAGCUAACCGUACGGUUUAGUUAGGGUAGUUUUUGACGUAGGGCUGCUGAAAUGGCAAGCCUACGGGACGGCUUGUGCAAAAAAACGAGAUUUUUAUGCGUUUUGGUGGUUUUAAUCGUCAGUGUAAAUAAGUCGAGCUGCGCGGAUUCUAACGCCUCGACGGAGCAGCCGCACUGCGUGUGGUACGGCGAGUGUACGUCGGGUGCCAAAAAGCAAAAUUGCGCGUACGACGGUCCAGGCAAGCCGCUGCCGAAAGAGGGCGCUGACAUACUGAAAAAAUGGUGCCCCGAUUUGGAUGCGACGGCCACCUGUUGCGACUCGCAGCAGCUAAAAACCAUGGAUACCAGUCUCACGUUGCUUAAUUCCAUCGUGGGAAGAUGUCCGACUUGCUUGUCGAAUAUGGUGGCACACAUCUGCCGUAUGAGUUGCGGCGUGGACCAAUCGAAGCACAUGCAAGCCGUAAAAACCAGCGUCAAUCCUAAAACGAACAAAACCUACAUCGCCGAGUUGGACGUUUACCUUUCCAACGCUUACAUGCAAAAAUCGUUCGAAUCCUGCAAAUCCGUCAGCAUGCCCUCGGCCGGAAAGUUGGCCAUAGAGUUCAUGUGCGGCGAAUGGGGGGCCGACAAGUGCAAUCCCACCAGAUGGUUUGGGUACAUGGGAUCAAUCAAACUAAAUCCUUUCGCGCCAUUCCAAAUAAAUUAUAAGAACAUUACAGAACCCGUUAACGGUUUUACUCCAAUCAACCCAGCUGCUAAACCCUGCAAUGAAGCCGUAAACGAAAAUUCAAUGGCCUGCAGUUGCGUGGACUGCGAGGAGAGUUGUCCGGUGCCACCCACCCCGCCGCCGAAACCCGCCCCUUUCAAAGUGGCCGGCGUGGACGGUCUGAAAUUCUGCCUUGUCGUCGCCUUCUUCGUGGGAUCUCUUCUAUUUAUACUGCUCGUGUUUGUCUGCCAACCGAAGAUGAAUUUCGCCGAGGGUUUGAGGGGGGCAGACGAGAUGCGCGCGGCUGUCGGCAGACGAUUGGCCGACGUGGCCGAGGGACGGCAACACCACACGACCUUGAACGACGCCAGCGAGCACAGCCCUCUGCAACAGGAUUCGAAAAGAUCGAGUGUAACAUCUGAACUCGGCCACGAGAUGGACACGCAUUCGAUAAACAAAGCUCCAGGGGAACACACCACGUCGUCGUUCAUCGAGAGGUUGGGCGCCAACACGGACUCCUUACUCCAGAAGUUCUUCGAAAGGUGGGGCGUUUUCUGCGCCGAACGACCCUGGUUGAUCCUGCUGCUGGGCGCUUUCUUGGUCACAGCCUGCGGACACGGCAUCAAGUACCUGAAGGUGACCACCGACCCGGUGGAGUUGUGGGCUUCCCCCCUAUCCCAAAGCCGCGUGGAGAAGGAGUACUUCGACAGUCACUUCGAGCCCUUCUACAGGAACGAGCAGGUCAUAAUACGAGCCGUGAACCUGUCCUGGAUCGAGCACUUUACGGCAGACGGCAUCGUGCGAUACGGGCCAGCCAUGAACGACACUUUCCUCAAGGCCGUGCUCGAUCUGCAGGAGAGAAUCAAAAGCAUCGGCGCGGGAACCGAUCACAGCUUCGAUAAAAUCUGCUUCGCGCCUCUACGCCAGGACGGACAAGUCGAGACGAGCACCAGCGAGUGCGUCGUUCAAUCCGUCUGGGGUUACUUUCAAGACGACCUCGAGAAAUUCGACCACAAAGGCGUGGAUCCGAACGGCAACGAGACCAACUACCUGGACGUGAUCAGCAAGUGCACGAAGUUCCCGUUCUUCGAGGCGUGCAUGGCGCCGUACAAGGGCCCGAUCGAGCCGGCCAUAGCGCUCGGCGGUUUUCUGAAACCCGGCGAGAGCCUCUCCAAGGACCCCGACUACGACGCCGCCACCGCCGUCAUCUUGACCUUCCUGGUCAACAAUCACCACAACAAGACGAAAUUGACGGCCGCCAUGGCGUGGGAGAGGGAGUUCGUGGCGUUCAUGCGGAACUACACGGAGAACGAGAUGCCGGAGUUCAUGGACGUGGCCUACUCGUCGGAGAGGUCGAUCGAGGACGAGCUGGACAGGGAGAGCCAAUCGGACGUGAUGACCAUCCUGGGCUCCUACUUGAUCAUGUUCGCUUACAUCGCCGUUUCGCUGGGGCAGGUCAACGAGUGCAGCCGACUCCUGAUCGACAGCAAAAUCACGCUCGGUUUGGGCGGUGUUUUCAUCGUGCUGGCCAGUGUCGUAUCUUCAGUUGGCAUCUUUGGUUUCAUAGGCACACCUGCCACUCUGAUCAUCAUCGAGGUGAUACCGUUCCUGGUGCUGGCCGUCGGGGUCGACAACAUCUUCAUCCUGGUGCAGACGCACCAUCGCGAGGCGCGCCGCCCCACCGAGACGCACGCGCAGCACAUCGGCCGCACGCUGGGGCACGUGGGGCCCUCCAUGCUGCUGACCAGCGUCUCCGAGAGCUGCUGCUUCUUCCUGGGCGGCCUCAGCGACAUGCCGGCCAUCAGGGCGUUCGCCCUCUACGCCGGCAUGGCCUUGCUGAUCGAUUUCCUGCUGCAGAUCACCUGUUUCGUCAGCUUGCUGUAUUUGGACACGCUCAGGCAAGCCGACAACAGGUUCGACGUCUUCUGCUUUAUAAGGCGGUCCAAGAAAGACGGUCCAUCACCGUCCGCAUUGGUCAAUCAAGAAGGUCUAUUGUACUCGUUUUUCAAGAGCAUCUACGUGCCUUUUCUCAUGAACAAAUUUGCGCGCGCCGUUGUGAUGAUCGUAUUCUUCGGGUGGGUUUGCUCCUCCAUCGCCGUGGUGCCCAGCAUAGAGGUCGGAUUGGAGCAGGAGUUGUCAAUGUCCGCCGACAGUUUCGUCUCGAAGUACUUCAAGUUCCUUAAGGAUUACCUCUCUAUCGGACCGCCGGUCUACUUUGUGGUAAAAUCCGGCUUAAACCUGAGCACUGCCGAAGAUCAGAACCUGAUCUGCGGCGGUCAGUUCUGCAACGCGGAUUCCUUGGCUUCGCAAAUCUUCGGCGCGUCUCGCAUACCCGAAUACUCUCACAUAUCGAGGCCGGCCUCGAACUGGUUGGACGACUACUUCGAUUGGUCGGCCAGCUCGGAAGCCUGCUGCAGAGUCAACGAAACGAACGGCCAGUUCUGUCCUCACCAAAACGACGAUUGCGACGCGUGCACCAUUCAUUACGCAAACAAAACCCACCGCCCCACAGCCGACGACUUCGAAAGGUACGUGUCGUUCUUCCUGAGGGACGUACCGGACGACACGUGCGCCAAAGGCGGCAAGGCCGCUUACGGCCAAGGCGUCAACUACGCGACCAACGGAACGACGAAACUCAGCACUGUGGGCGCCAACUACUUCAUGGCCUACCACACGAUUCUGAAGACUUCGGAGGAUUACUACGAGAGCAUGCGUUCGGCGCGAACCAUAGGCGCCAACUUGACGAAGACGCUGGGCACGGAGGUGUUCCCCUACUCCGUGUUCUACGUGUUCUACGAGCAGUACCUGACGAUGUGGCCGGACACGCUGAAGUCCCUGGGCAUCAGUCUGCUGGCCAUCUUCGUCGUGACGUUUUUGUUCAUGGGCUUGGACUUGUUCUCGAGCGUCGUCGUUAUCAUCACUAUAAGCAUGAUCCUCGUGAAUCUGGGCGGCCUGAUGUACUGGUGGGACAUAUCGCUGAACGCGAUAUCGCUGGUGAACUUGGUGAUGGCGGUCGGCAUCUCGGUGGAGUUUUGCUCGCACUUGGUGCACUCGUUCUCGGUGUCGAUAAAGCCGACGAGGGUCGAGAGGGCGGCCGAUUCUCUCACUCGCAUGGGAAGUUCCGUUUUCUCCGGCAUCACGCUCACGAAGUUCGGCGGCAUUUUGGUCUUGUACUUCGCCAAGUCGCAGAUCUUUCAGGUUUUCUACUUCAGGAUGUACCUCGGCAUCGUGAUAAUGGGCGCCACGCACGGACUCAUAUUCCUUCCCGUACUUCUGAGUUACAUCGGCGUGAUGCAGAACAGACGUAACCGCCAAUAUAACCGUCCAUCAUCAUCAGAAGACAUCGCAAACCAACAGUUUAGUCGAGGAGAAGUUGAGGAAGAGGACACGGUUGUGUCGCCACUGUUGCCUUCCACUUCGCGCACCAGUUACGAUGCUAUAGUGCACGCGUAGAGGGCGCCACUGUAAAUUAAUUAAAAGACUAUUUGUGAUGUGUGAUGAUGACUGUGUUCCGGAAAAAUGUUGAAAUUAACGCUCUGUUGGUUUUAGUGUUUUUCCUAAUUUAUUUUUUUAACCAAAGUUCGGUUUUUUAGUUUUGUACUUAGGUAAUUCUCAGAAGAAAAAAAUAGGCUUAUAAGGUGGAAAUUAUUGCUAGUAGUGCACAGUAUUUGUUGUUUUUGGUAUCAAAACAAAACGUUUUGUUUUACUUUUUAAAAGUUGUGAUUUUGUGUAAGUCAAAGCAUUUUAUAGGUUUUAUUUGGUACAUUCCAAAUUUUGGAACUACUUUUAAAUUAUUAUUCUACUUAAUACAGGGUCCAAAAUAUUUAAAUUUGAAAGUUUACAUACAAAAUUAUAUAUCAAGUUAUUGUAGGCUUUCCUAUGUGUUUAUAUACUUAUAUGUUAUUGGACAGAUAUUUUAUUGUAAAGAAAAAUAAUAUUUAAAUUAAUAAAUAAAUAUUUUAUACUAUUAAACUAGUUUAA